UUAUGAAUCAUAGCACUGUUGUCUUAGUCUCGUUUUACUUCCACUAUUUAGACUCUAAGCGACGCUGUUGGUCAGUCAAAUAUAUUUUUCAUCUGUUGUGUCGUCAUUCAGUUCAUCCCCUGACUGAUUAUACAGUGAAAGAGGCUCUCUGUGUUUCGUCGAGGUUUGGUGCGAACAUGGACUCACGGACUUGCACAUGAACGUUGAAGCCUUUUUUUGGAUUCAACCAGGAAACAUAUAUAUCUGAAUCAUCUUCACCGUGACAUUGGUCGGAUAUAAAUCUAUCGUUUCUUUGUGGUCGGGAUGGCAUCUGGAGGAGCUCCAAUAUUCUUAAGAUGGCCAUCUUUUUGUGGACUGCGACAACAAACAGGACUGUUUAUGUUGCUGCUUCAUGUGGUUUGCAUGGUAGGUGGUCAGAUUCGUUAUUCUAUACCGGAGGAGUUGAAGAAAGGCUCGGUGAUCGGUAAUGUGGCGCAAGAUCUGGGUUUGGAUCUGAAAAGGCUCCGCUCUGGGCGGGCCCGUAUCGUGACUGGUGAAAACGUUCACUACACCGAGCUGAAGACAGACAAAGGGAUUCUCGUCGUGAAUGAGAGAAUAGACCGAGAGCAGCUUUGCGGAGAAGAAACUCCUUGUAGCUUCAGCUUUGAGGUGAUUUUAGAGAAUCCAAUAGAACUGCAUAGAAUAAUUGUUGAGGUUCUGGAUAUUAAUGAUCACGCUCCCAUUUUUUCAAACCAAGAUAAACCUAUCAGUUUCGAAAUAAGUGAAUCAGCGGUAGUGGGGGUUCCGUUUCCACUACAGAGUGCAGAGGAUCUUGAUGUGGGUCAGAACGCUUUGCAAGAUUAUGUUUUGUCGCCAAACGACAAUUUUAUUUUGAAGCAACAUGCCAAUCCAGACGGAAGUAAAUAUGUUGAAAUGGUGCUCCAGAAGCCUUUAGACAGAGAGCGACACCCACAUUUCUCUUUAAAGCUAAUCGCAGUAGACGGAGGAACACCACAGAGAUCUGGCACAGUGAAUAUAGAUAUCACUGUGUUAGAUGUUAAUGAUAAUGCACCAGUGUUUAACCAGUCGGUGUAUAAAUCUUCUGUGACCGAAAACACGAUUAAAGGCACCCGCAUUGUUUCUGUAAAUGCCACAGAUGCAGACAGUGGUUCAAAUGGACGUAUUUUUUACAGCUUGUCUAAAAUGAAAGGAAGCACAGCAGACAUAUUCGCUAUUGAUGAAAACACAGGGAUAAUUUCUGUGUCUGGUCAAAUAGAUUAUGAAAAAGACAAAAAAUACGAGGUGAGAGUAGAGGCAAAGGAUCAGGGUGGUUUAACCGGGACUAGUAAGGUUAUAGUCGAUGUAAUGGAUGUUAAUGACAAUGCCCCAGUUAUAAAUAUUAUGUCAUUUUCUAGUCCGGUAUCUGAGGACGCUCGUCCUGGUACAACGAUUGCUGUCUUGAACGUAAAAGAUGCAGAUUCUGACAGAAAUGGACAAAUAAAAUGUUCUAUUGAUGCUAAACUUCCGUUUAAAAUUGAAUCCUCAAUAACAAACUAUUACAAUUUAAUCUCGGAUCAAUACUUUGAUCGAGAAUCCGUGUCAGAAUACAACAUAACAAUAACAGCCACUGAUUUAGGGAUUCCCCCGCUUUCUAGCUCAAAACAAUUACAUCUUAAAAUCUCUGACGUAAACGACAACGCACCAGUAUUUGACAAACGCAGCUAUUCUGCUCAUGUCACUGAAAAUAACUCCCCUGGAUUUUCGAUAUUUGCUGUCAGAGCGAAAGACAAUGACUGGAAUCAAAACGCCAGGAUAUCGUAUCUUCUAGAAGACACACAGGUCGGUGGUAGUCCCGUUUCUUCUUACGUGUCUUUAAACUCGGAAACUGGAGUUCUUACUGCGGUUCGCUCCUUUGAUUAUGAGCAAAUUAAACAGCUUGAAUUAGUGGUGAAAGCUCAGGAUGGAGGCUCUCCUCCACUCAGUAGCAACGUGACUGUGAAAAUACUGAUCCAGGACCAGAACGACAACCCCCCUCAGGUUCUGUACCCAGUCCAGACUGGUGGCUCUCUUGUUGCUGAACUGGUGCCUCGUUCAGCAGAUGUUGGCUAUCUGGUCACUAAAGUGGUGGCUGUUGAUGUGGACGCUGGACAGAAUGCCUGGCUCUCCUAUAAACUGCAGAAAGCCACAGACAGGGCGCUGUUUGAAGUGGGCUCACAGAAUGGAGAAAUAAGAACUAUCCGCCAAGUCACUGAUAAAGACGCAGUGAAACAAAGACUGAGUGUUAUAGUGGAGGACAACGGGCAGCCCUCUCGUUCAGUUACAGUCGUUGUUAACGUGGCGGUGGCGGACAGCUUCCCGGAAGUGCUGUCGGAGUUCACUGACUUUACGCACGACAAGGAGUACAACGACAACCUGACUUUUUACUUAGUGUUGGCUCUGGCUGUAGUUUCCUUCCUCUUCAUCACGUGUGUAGUGGUUAUUAUCUCAGUGAAAAUCUACAGAUGGAGACAGUCUCGCGUCCUGUAUCACUCCAACCUCCCUGUGAUUCCAUAUUAUCCACCACGUUACUCAGACACUUUGGGGACAGGGACUCUCCAGCACGUGUACAAUUACGAGGUGUGCAGGACGACUGACUCCAGAAAGAGUGACUGUAAGUUCAGCGGAGCUGGUAGUCAGAACGUGCUGAUAAUGGACCCCAGUUCUACAGGGACGAUGCAGCGGAUACAGAGUGAAAAGAGCAUCCUGGAUGAACCAGACUCUCCUCUUGAGGUGAGUCAAAUAAUUGUGCUCGCGUUUUCGCUUUUUUUGUGUAGUUCUUAG